AUGAUAACUCCUAGAUGGAAACGGCUCGUGAGAUUCAUCGCAGAAGAUGAUUGGAGGGAAUACAUCGGCGAACCAGCCGACGAGACUGUCGACGUUGGAGCUGCCUUGGCCGCAUCCCUCCCCGUACCGGUACGGGUUUUCACUGGAACCUCAGCCCUGGACGCCUCAGCAGAGCCAACAUCGAGGAUCCUCAACAUCCAGAAACUUCUUCCGCCCCUGACACGCAAAGAAAUCGGCACGAUCCGCUGUAUUGGUCUCAACUACCGCAAGCACGCCAAAGAGAUGAACCUCGAACUCCCAGAACAUCCAACUCUCUUCUUCAAACCCGCAAGCUGCCUCAACGCGUCAAACGCACCACUUCUCAUCCCUCAUCAAGCAACAGAUCUUCAAGCGGACUACGAAGCUGAGCUAGCUGUCAUCAUUGGCCGCGACGCGAGAAACGUCAGCGUGGAGGACGCCAUGGACUACGUGCUCGGUUACACGUGCUCCAACGACGUCACGGCGCGAAAGCAUCAGUUCGCUGGUGCUCAAUGGGGUUUCGGGAAAGGAUUCGACGGCUUUGCUCCGACGGGACCGUGUAUCGUCAGCGCGAGCAGCCUUCCAGACCCUUCAGUCAUUGAGCUGAAGACCGUCCUCAACGGCGAGGUGAUGCAAGAGGGUAGAGGGGACGACAUGAUCUUUUCAAUUGCCGAGAUCGUGGCAUAUUUGUCUCAAGGCACGACGCUGGAGGCCGGGACUGUGAUCAUGACGGGCACUCCUCACGGGAUUGGUGUGAGUAGAACUCCGCCUGUUUUCUUGGCUCCUGGGGAUGACCUUCGCAUCGUGAUGAGCCACGGCCUAGGAAGUUUGGUUAAUAAGGUGGAAUACGAGGAGAAACCCCGGAAGAAUAUGAUAGGGGCAAACGGAGUUAAAGCGGUGAACGGUGUGAAUGGAGUGAAAGAAGUCAAGAUCAAUGGACUCCAUUAA